AAAAGUUUAAAACUUUACAAAUCGAACUUCGAGAAAAUUACUUUUUAAUAUUAGAAUUAGAUUAAAGGAACUAUGUCAGGCGAUAAAUUCGACAAGGCUAAUAGCUUAAUUGCUAAACUAAAAGCUCAUGGUACUGAGAGUGAUUCGUGUAAUUUAAAAGAAGUGUACGAGUCAUACAAAAGUAUUUUAACAGAAUUGCCUGCUAAAGACAGAGGUUCUUUUUCGUUGAAUGUCUUAUGUAUACUAUGCAGGAACAUCGAGAAAGUACCAAUAUGGAGGGAGAAGAUCUGCAAGACACAGUUGCUGGAAUUAUCAGUGUGUUGUGUGCGACAAACUCGGCCACUAGAUAAGACAGACCAAGUGAAGAUUUUAGCUUGUGUUUAUCAUAUACACAGAUACCUUGUGAGACAGGACACAAUAUUACAAGCAGCGUUAUUGUUAAAACUGUCCUACAUGCCUUUCGAAGUUACCGAAGAAUUGCUCCAAAGAGACCAUUACAAAGUAUACUGGAGUAUUCUAGCAGAUAGAAUAUUUUAUAUAGAAAAAUUGAAAUCAUCAAGAAAUAUCAAUGAUUUAUUAAAAAAAUUAAACGAAGAUAUUAAAAUGUUAAUAAAAAUAUACAAUCCAGUACAGUUCUGUUCGAAUAUUUUAACGUUUGUUAUAAAAAAAUUACAUUUUUUAUACAGUGAUGUGAAAACGGAAGAAUUGAUGGCGGUUUAUAGAAAUAUUUUUGAUUGCAUUACAACCAAAGAUAAUAUAAAGCUGUUUAAAAGUAUUACAAAUGAAGAAGCAAUAGAUAUAUAUAUAAAAUUGAAUGAUUGUCUAUAUGUUAUAAUUGAUAAUGAUUCGAAAGUUAAUUUCAAAGGCUCCGAUUUAGAGUUUCUUGUGAGAAAAAUAAUAUCAUUAUUAAUACAUUGUUCAGAUAUAUUUCAUUGCUUGCAAAUGAUUUAUUUGAACUGCUUCUGCUGUAUUUUCAAGUAUAAAAAUGAUUCAGAUUAUAUAAAUUCAGUAUUAGAAGGUUUCCAAAAUAAUUGUGAGACAGCGGAAAAGUUGGGAUAUAAAAAAAUUAUGUAUGCCACUUACCCUUAUAUAUCACAAUUAUUACGACUUUUCAUUGAUUAUUUUAUUAAUAUUAAUAACGAAAUGGAUUUUAGUAAUACAAUACAGAAUUGUUUGAAAAUUAUUAUAUAUUUAACCGAGAAAUUAUAUAUAACCCAACAAAUAUCUAAAUGUGAUAACUGCAGUGUUAAAACUGGAUUACAUGAUGCAUUACGUUUAACAUUUUUAGCCAAAAAUAUAAUAAAUAUAUCUAUAGAAAAAAAUCUAGAUAUAAAAAUGAUAUUUCAAAAUUAUUUUGAUAUAGUUUUAAAACAAUAUGCAAUAUUAAAUCAAUUGAAAAAAUUGAACUGUUCAAAUUACGAGAGAUGUUUGAAGAAAUUACAAGCCGAUGUACAUAAUACUGCUAUAUAUUUGAAUAAAGCGAAAUUCUAUGAAUAUUCAAUAAAAAUGUUCAAUAUAUAUGUUAAAACUGAGUUAUUUAAUGUGAAAAGUGCUGAAUUUACGAAUAUAUCGAGAGCAUUUUAUAAUAAAAGCAUAAGUGAAUUAGACUGUAUGCUGUUUGAUGAAGCUAUCAAGGGAGCAUAUCUGAGUUUGGUAUUCUCCGGAGAUGGGUUACAUGAAAAAUAUAUGAGUCUAGUAAUGGAUAUCAAAGCGAAAGCGUUGAAAAAUGAUGGUAAUGAAGCUAUACAAAUUUUAACGGUUUUAUCUGUUUGUAAAGAUUUAUCGGAGAAGAAAGAUUAUGUAAAUCUGAAGCCUUUUUUCUCCAAGUUGAAGUUCAGUGUUUUAUUGAAACAUGAAUUUUCAAUGUACGUCAAACUAUGGCCGUCUAUAGUACCCAUAGCCGGUGUUUGGAUGUCUUUGAAUGAAUUAACUAAAAAUCUACAUACAUCGUGGUUGAAAGGUGAAAAUGAAGAGGAUUUAUUAUGUAUUUUAUACGAAAUAAUGAUGGAAACUCCGAACGCAGUUCGAACAAUACAUUCUGAUUAUUAUAAGAAUAUUGUCGCUGAAAUGUUACAAAGAAUUCAACAGAAACCGACAAAGAAAAUAGAAGAAAGAAUAAUACAAGCUAAUUUACUAUUUUUAAAAAGUGAAUACGAUAUUUCUGAAGCAACAGAGAAAUAUGGAUGGAAACAAAUUGAUGCGACUUCAAAUCCUGAACAAAUAAAAAAUUUACGAACUCUGCCGCAAGAACAGCCUGCUUUGAAACACGCUGUAGAAGCAGUUGAACUAUGGACGGAGAUAUUACCUAAAUUAAAUACAGCUAAUCCGACUCUUCAGCAUUCGUUAAGGAUAGCUGAAGUGUUUGUUCAGCAGCUGCUGUACACGCAACGUGUACAGCAGGGCUUACAGCUGGCCCACGUCUGCUGCGAGCUGGCCCGGCGCCUCGGGGACAAGAAAGCCUACAUCUGUAAUGUAGGAGUUAUUUUACAAUAUGUGAACAAGCCCUUAGACAGAGUUGAACAAAUGGUGACAAACGCUAUUAAAUAUUGGCAAGAAUUGAUAUCAUCCAAGCAACACCUGGAGGCGAUGCUAGUGUUCGCAUGUGAUUUAGCUAUGUAUUACGAUCGCUGUGGUUCUUGUACAAGUGAUAAAUUGCUGCAGUUCGUACAAGCUCGGAUAUUAGAAGAGGAAGUUAAUUUAGACUUAGCUGUAGGAAGACUGCUGGAGGCUCACGCGCAGAUUUCUGACACUCCUGACACACUGACGAGAGUGUCAGCUCCUCUCAGACAUUAUGUCACUGUCACUAAUAAUGAAACAACUUGGGUAUCACGUCGAUACCGUUCUCUGUUACUCCGUACAUAUACGUGUGGGGGCGCGCUGUGCGCGGGGCGCGGCGGCCGCGCGCUCGCGCUGUGGCGCCGUGCGCGCACUGCGCUGUGCGCCGCGCUGCGCCCCGCUAGUGCUAUCAUCACUGCGGAUAUAUAUACCGUUUAUAUAGAUACUAAUGCUGUCGAUGCAGAGGUAAAUAUAGAUCGCAUCAAACACAUCCUAGGUCUGCAACCGACGAACGAAAUACAACCUCAUACAAUACAUAAAGAAGAACAACAUACACCAAAACACACACAAAUAGAAACAAUGCUAAAAAGUACUACGUUUAGAAGAUUACAGACCAGUCCAAGUUCUCCCUUAGUGACGUCAUCAUUCACAAUGCCAGAAUUCCUUAAACAUAAUAAAAUCUGUCAAUGCUACGCCUGCCAAGUUCCUUACAGCUUCUUAAUAGCAACCAGAACUUGUCUUCUAGAAGCUUCUAUGUACUACAGAAGUAACGACUUUCAUAUAGCAAGGAAUUACUUCGAUGGUGCAACAGAAGCUUUGAAAUUAGCUAAGGAGAAACUUUUAAAUAGCGUAGAAUUGAAGUGUGAAAAAUAUAUAAGCGAAAUAAUUAAAAAUUAUUGGAAUAAAGAAGUUGGAUUGAUUGAAGCAGAAAUAUUGAUAGAAGAGAGUUAUAUGGAAUUGUCGCAGAACGAUUUCACUAAUAUUAAUAAUAAACUAAUAAGAUUGGACGAAAUUACGAAAGAAAUCAAAAUUGAUCUGUAUUUACAAACAGAAAUUAAUAAUCUACUGAUAGCAACAUCUAGACUGAAAAAUGCGAUACAGAAGCAACAAGAAGAUGCGUUAGAAAUAGAGAUGGAACAUUUAUCUCUAAAUCCUAAUACGGAAUUAAUAAAAACACCAGAAUCAAAGAAAAUACCAUUAAAAGGGACAAAUAAAAUUGUCAAACAAAACGAAUUGCCCUCAUUGAAUUAUAAAAUAAGUAAAUUGAAUUUAGACGGUGAAAAUUAUGAUGAAAAAGAGCCAAUAAAAGAAGUAAAAAAAUCGAAAUUUAAAAUACCAGAGCCGGUGAUAAGUAGACCAAUUUUGGAGACCCUAACUCCAGGACCAAAGACCAGAAUAAAAGCGGAGACCACAAAUCAACUAGCAAAGACCAGAGUAAAAGUAGAGACCACUCCGGUUCCGAAGACCAAAGUUAAACCAGAUAUGACUCCUAGUCUAAAGUCAGAUUUAGAGACCACAGCAACGUUUCCAAAGACCACGCAAAAGUUUGAGACCACAACUCCUUUGCCAACCAGGGUAAAGAUCUUACUGACUCAAGCCAGUCAGGACCAGGGUACUCCAGUUUCAAAGACUGAGGAGUUUUUCACCCCAUCUUCAACCCCUUCGGAACAAUUUUUCACACCGAUGUCUUCUGUUAAAACAUAUACGAGAAAGAGGACGGCUAUUGUGAAAAAUUUAGAAAAUGUAUUUUCAACGACUCAAGUUGAUAUUGAGAAAGAAAACAAAACAGGUGUGCGAACAAGACGCGCUGUCAGCAGUCGACUGAACCCGCGCUGAACUAAAUAAUUACAAUUUGACUGAACAAAUAUAAAUUUUAUUUAUACAUUAUUUCAUUUGAGACUUAGGGCCUGU